ACGAUGUUGGAACUCAUUUUCGUCUUAUGUUUCCUCGGGAACUGUUUUGGAGAAGAUGCACAUCUUAUAGUUGAAACUUCUCUGGGAAAAAUUAGAGGUCAUUACAAGAAAACGUUCCUUGGAAACUUUUACCGAGCCUUUGAAGGAGUUCCAUACGCGGAACCGCCGCUAGGAGCGCUGAGGUUCCGGGAUCCGGAACCAAUUCGUCCAUGGUCUGGAACUUUGUUCGCGGGAAGAAUUGAAGGCAAUUGCAUGGCGUAUUUGCACGAAAAAAUGGCUGUUAAUGGUGACCGAGUCGAGGGAACUGAAGACUGUCUGUAUUUGAACAUCUACACGCCGGAGAACAAGACAAUGUCAAGAAUGCUUCCUGUUUUGUUCUACAUGCAUGGAGGAUCUUUCCAGUUUGGAACCGGGAAUCGAGCAGAGUCUCGCUACAUCAUGAAUCGCGAUGUAGUUUUUGUUAGUGUUAAUUAUCGACUUGGGCCUUUUGGAUUUUUGAGCACUGAAGACGAAGUAGUUCCUGGGAACAUGGGUCUUAAGGAUCAGAGUUUGGCCAUAAAAUGGGUGAAAAAUCACAUAGAAGCUUUCGGUGGCGACCCCAAUCGAAUAACUCUUGUCGGAUUGAGCGCAGGUGGCGCUAGUGUACAGUACCACUAUUUAUCACCAAUGAGCCGAGGACUUUUUCAUGCUGGAAUAUCAAUCAGCGGCACAGCGCUGGAUUGUUGGGCACAAACCGAAAACUCUCUUGAGAAAUCAAAAAAAUUAGCCUCAAUCUUGGGCUGUCCUACAACGAACACUUCAUCAAUGGUCGAGUGCUUAAGAACGCGGCCUGGCAAAGGGAUUUCUCAAGCAGUUGGGGAAUUCCAGCCCUGGCUCUUCAACCCACUUACGGCAUUCGGGCCAGUCAUCGAGCGGAAAUCCCCGAAAGCGUUUAUCAACCGUCCGCCGGUAGAAAUAAUAAUCAACGGAGAUGUUGCUGAUCUUCCUUGGAUGACAACUUUGGUUAGCGAAGAAGGACUUUAUCCCGGAGCAGAGUUUGCUGGAGAUGAAGAACUGAUGAAGGAGCUUGACAGUAACUGGAACAGGAUCAUUCCUUAUCUUCUGGAGUUCAACUUUACUGUUCCAGUGUCUGAGCACCAAGAAGUGGCUCAGAAGAUCCGGGAGUAUUAUCUGGGCAGCAGGAAAGUCGAUAAAAAGAGUAUUAUGUCGGUGAUUCAUAUGGUUGGUGAUCGGCUGUUUGCGGUAGAUGCCGAAAAAGCUGCAAGGAUGAUGGCGGAGGCUAACAAGAGCCCAGUUUGGUUUUCUCUUUAUUCUUUCCGCAAGCCUGACAGUUUGUCAGAUUUAUUUAUUCCUUCCAAACCUAACUUGGGUGUCAGUCAUGCUGAUGAUCUCCGUUUGGUACUGAAUGAUCCUCGGCGUCCGGAGAUUACUGAUGGAAAAUCUCUUGCCAUGCAGAAGGUCUUGCUGGACAUUUGGAUCUCUUUUGCUACAGACGGAAUCCCCAAGGCGAACACUCGAUGGACAACAGUCGAUCCAACCUCAAAGUUGCUUAAUUAUCUCCAUAUUUACGGGCUGACCGACAUUCAAAUGGAGAUGCAGUCAGACUUUGGUCAAAAAUUAUUUUGGGAGACUAUUAAUUUUAAUGAAAAUUUAAUAAGUCAAUUUAAGGUUUUAUAA